UCCGUACUCACCGUAUAAAAGCCGGCCUAGGGCAUUGCCAACUGAGUCAGUCCCGCCGUGGAAGCAGUCGAGCACGGACUCGAAGGGAUCGGUAUUUAGCUGGCUAAGAUGCGUACCACAGUGUUUCUUCUACUCGGCCUUUUGGCCAUCAAUUACAAGGUCGCCGCCCAUGUGGUGUCCUUGCCGCUUCUCCCUUCUGCGGGCACCUAUCUGCUGUCUCCGCCAGGACCCGUAGUCCUGUUGGUCCAGCCACCACCUCCUCCACCGCCAGGGGAUGAUGGCUCCUACAAGCCGCCUUCGAGCGCCGAAGAUGGCUUGUGGAAGCCACAGCCAGGACUGGAGGGUGAGUACUCGGAGCCGGAACUAAGCCAAAGUGGCAAUGGAAGCGUCGGCGCCGAUGGCUCAGUUAGUUCCGAUGGCUCCGGAUCCGUUGACGCCCAAGAUGCCCCAGCUCCUGCUGCGGCUGGAGGAGCAGGAGAGGCUGGAAAGGCAGGACAGGCUGGUGGUGUUCUCGGCGGCGCGGGAGGAGCAGGUGGAGCUGGGGGUGGUGGCAGUGCCGGCGGCGGAGGCGGUGGAGGAGGCGGCGGUGGCGGUGGAACUGCCACAUCCGGCCAGAGCGGCGACACCGGCAAGCCGGGGGCACCGAGUCCGGCGGGACCCCAGCCGGAUGGUGAGGAUGGCGCCGAUGGGGCCGAUGGGCAAGAUGGUCCGGAUGGCUCGAAGGGCGGAAAGGGCGGCAAGGGUGGCAAGGGGGCACGCAAUGGAGCCGGAGGCGGAGGUGGAGCCGGCGGAGCUGCUCCGCAGCCACCACCGCCGGCAGCAGUCCUCCCGUCCAGCGUUCCCGCUCCCGUCUGGGCCGAUCCAGAGUUGAAUGUGGUUCAGGCUCAGUAGACGUCCGACGCGACCUUUGUGCCAUCUGCUUUAACCCCUCUUAAUAGCCGAUUAAGUUAUCCGUAGUCUUAAAGCUAGUCAAUGUUUUGGAGCUCACAUUUACCCUAAGCUAAGGCAAGCGAAUAAUAAAAUUCGAUUAAAAAGA